GCGCCUUCGGUGAGAUCACGAGCAUCUCUCAACAACUCCAGAACCAUGGCCCGCCUCUUCGUAGUCUGCGUGCUCGCCGUGUCUGUGGCGUACGCCGCCUCGUUCCAGCAAAAGAUCGGGAGCAGUAGCCUGUACGAUGACGACAGCUUGAGUUUUGGUGGUAGUAGCUCCGGCAGCAGGCGCUAUGGUAGUGGCAGCUACGGUGGCGGCCUCGGCAGUUACGGAAGCGGCAGCUACGGUAGCGGUUUGGGCAGUCUUGGCUUUGGCAGCAGCGGGCUCGGAAGCGGCAGCUACGGAGGCUACGGAAGCUACGGCAGCAGUGGCCUCGGUGGUCUCGGCUUCGGCAGCAGCGGCUAUGGCAGUGGUAGCUACGGCGGCUACGGCAGCAGUGGCCUCGGUGGCCUCGGCUUCGGCAGCAGUGGAUACGGCAGCGGCAGCUACGGCAGCAGUGGCCUAGGUGGUCUUGGCUUCGGAAGCAGCGGAUACGGCAGUGGCAGCUACGGCGGCUAUGGCAGCAGUGGCCUCGGCGGUCUUGGCUUCGGCAGCAGCGGAUACGGCAGCGGCAGCUACGGCAGCAGUGGCCUAGGUGGUCUUGGCUAUGGCAGCAGUGGCUACGGCAGUGGCAGCUACGGCGGCUACGGCAGCAGUGGUCUAGGUGGUCUUGGCUAUGGCAGCAGUGGCUACGGCAGUGGCAGCUACGGCGGCUACGGCAGCAGUGGUCUAGGUGGUCUUGGCUAUGGCAGCAGUGGCUACGGCAGUGGUAGCUACGGCGGCUAUGGCAGCAGUGGCCUCGGCGGUCUUGGCUUCGGCAGCAGCGGAUACGGCAGUGGCAGCUACGGCGGCUACGGAAGUGGCCUUGGCGGUCUCGGAUUCGGCAGUGGCGGCUAUGGCAGCAGUGGCUUCGGAGGUUUUGGCUCCGGCGGCUAUGGCAGUGGAUCAAUGCAGCAGUCGGUGUGGUAAACAACACCCAGAGUAAGAUGAGAUUCGCCGGAAUGAAGACUUUAGCUGUUCAAUAAAAAGCUCGCUUUUCUACCCUAAGA